AAUUACGUCUUGCCAAUAGACGUAAUCAGAGGAAAAAAAAGAGAGCUGAGGAAACAGAAGAAGAGAGAAAAUUACGUAUUGAACAUGAAUGUAGCCAAAGGCAAAAUAAAUUAAAUACAAAAACACCAGAGGAACGAGAAGAACGCCUUGCACAAGAGAGAGAAGUGCGUCUUGAACAUAGAUGUAUUCAAUGGAGUAAAAAAAAAGCAGAAGCCAAUAAUGAACCUAUUGUGGAAAGUGGACAACUUUCAGAAUCUGAUAGAAACCUUUUAAACACUUUUCGCAAAAUAAUGGCAAAAACCAAAAACAGUGCAAUUGAUAAGGCCCUGAGUAAUCUGCAAAAUAAUAACAAUCAGCCCCUAAUAAUUGAAUUGCCCAAGAUUAAUCGUGCACCAAUUGAUGAGUUUAAUACUCCAGGAUACAUGGCACGUGCAUUUCCUACACUUUAUCCCUAUGGUAUUGCUGACUUAUAUGCACCUCGAAUAAAAAAA